CUCUCUCUCUUAUUCAAAUGUAUACUGUAGCUCUCUCAGCCUCCGUCACCAAGCAGCUGGUUUGAUCCCGCAGGAAGAAACUUUGCUGGGAUGUCAUAUAAUCGGCAAACCGACGAGCAGUCUCCUUUCUUCAGGACUUGGAUGUGUCACAGUUUUCCAUGAUGACGCUCUUGACCAGGUUGUGAGGUCGUUGAAUGUUAUGUCCACCAUGACACACGGUAUGCAGUGACAUACUUGAACUAGGCAAGCAAACACAGUACUAGACUGGAAAAAAAAGGAUUUUGCCCAUGUUAGAAAAAGUGGGAAGUGAAAUGUCAACAACUCCUUCCCAAACGACCCCACAGAUCUACAGGGUGAACGACAAGGAUCUCACAGAGAUUGAGCUCCAUUCUGUGGACUCCAUCAAUGACCUUCACCGUACACACCCUGAACACAACCACAAAGGAGCGAAGCCCCCUCGCCCAGCUUACACACCUUCAGUGAAUGGAACACUGCGCGCACACCACAUGAGUAAUGUCUGCAGAGCAGGCAAAUGGCAAAGUCAUCUACAGGACAUGUUGACUCCGAGCUCCUCUCGAGCUUACGCUAUGGCCUGCGCCAUCAUCACGCUGCUCCUGCUCACACUUGUACUCGUUUUCUACUUCUUGGUACAACAAGGCAGUGCUCUGCAGAGGUUGACCGAGGCCUUGAGGGAGAAAGAAGCUGCAGCUACACGACUGUCUGCGCUGAUCCAACAACUACAGGCGGUCACACUUAACUUGACGGUCAAGGGAGGGCGGACAUGAGUGAGGAAGUACAGAUCUCGGACAAUACACGAAACCCUGAAUCGUCUACCAGUUAGUGUUGUUGAAUAAGAAACUGUUCUCAGUAUCUCCGCCUGUUUAAAAAAAGAAAAACAAUAAAUAAUGCCAAAUACAGUAACUUUUCAUAUAAUAUUUGUUUAAUUAAGAGCUUCUUUUGCAAUAAAAAUAAACAUACCAUAUAAUUAAAAAACAAAAUCAGUCAGGUCCACUUUGCUCCCUUUACAGGAAUGUGAUUUCGUUAACGGCACAUACAAUAACAGUGUCAUAUUGUGGUAAAAAUAUUGAAAUUUUUAACAUACAAAGGGGCUAUACACUGGUAAAUAUUUUCAUAAUCAUGAUAAAUCAAACAAACAAAUCCUUCCCACAGGUCAUCCUUUUGUUUUGAUAGCUUAAGACGCAAAGAGCACACGGAAUAGCGUGUCUCAACGUGAUACAGUACAUGGACAUUUCUUAGCAAGUCACAUGAAAGAGGAGUCAAACAAACAUUAUCGCUGUAAUGGCGACUCUGCUCCGGCUCAAGCAGCUAAAGUCAAAUUGGGAAUGACGGCACCCUCAUGAGCAGCUCCCGUACUUCUGCACUUGGUCGCGGAUGACGUCCCGCACCGAAGUGGCGUUUUCCUUCAACUCGUCCAACUCCGUCCGCUGUUGCUGCAUCCGUUGCUCGUUGUUUUUGAACUUCUUCUCCAGCCCUGCCAAGCCCAAAAAAUCAUGUACUGUGAACACUGGAAAUGGAGCUCAAGUACACUUUAAAAAAUAGAAGUGUAUGCUUGUCAAUACGUAUGUCAUCUCAGACUGCAUGAAUAAACAUAGGCGUUGCCGUAAGAAAUCUAUACCCGAUUGUGGUCAUUCUCUUUUUUUAUUUUCCACAAAUUAACAAUUGUCAAUCUGUCUUCUUAAACUGCAUAAAUACAUAGGCGCUGCCGUAAGAAAUCUAUACCCAGUUGUGGUCAUUCUCUUUUUAUUUUCCACAAAUCAAUACUUUUAACGUCCUCAUUUUGGUCUAUGAUGUGUAAAAAAUAUUCAUCAGUCUAAACUAUUAAGAAUUGCAUGAGGAUGCAGCAGGGCCGAGAACGAAAAGUGGUAUUUGCCAUGUGGCAAAAUGGAUUUUGCCAUGCGGCAAUUUUUUUCCUAUAUGGCAUUUUUUUGCCAGGUGGCAAAACUGAUUUUACCAUAUGGCAUUUUUUUUGCCAUGUGGCAAAAUUGAUUUUACCAUAUGGCAUUUUUUUGCCUUGUGGCAUUUUUUUGCCAUUUAGCAAAAUGGAUUUUGCCAUGUGGCAAAAUGGAUUUUGCCAUGUGGCAUCGUUUUGUGCUAUAUGGCAUUUUUUUUGCCAUGUGGCAAAACUGAUUUUGCCAUAUGGCAUUUUUUUGCCU